AUGGACCAAGUCACGCCCGCGCACCGCGACAUUGACAUCGACCCCGCCGACGCGCCCGACGCUUGCUGCGAGCCCGACACACGACCGAAUGGCACGGCGACGCAGACGGACACGCCUACACUGAUCAAACAAGAAGAAGAACGCUCACUGCCUCCCAGUGGCGACGAUGGUGGUGGUGCCGUCAUCGAACGACCGGCCAAGCGGCGCAGGGUGGAAGAGACAACACCCCAUCGCUCCCUCUCACGCGCUGUAUCGCCACCCUGGAAGUCAUUCUCUGCCGAGGGGCCUACGACGGUGUUUGAAAAUGGCGUCAGGAAGUCGUCACGCGUCAACCGCGAAACUGCACCGCCAACGCCUGAACCUGUAAAGCGGAACUCGCGCCCCACAGCCAAGGCAACACAGACGAAUGGCACCCCCAAGAAUGGCGUCAAGCGGGAAGCGCGCAGUGCAUCGGGUGUAGCAAAGGCCAAGGCAACACCGACGCUUGCGAAGAAGGCAUCGACUGCUUCGCUGGCCACGCCGGCGCGCAAGUCGGAGCGGCAACGAAGGGGUGCUGCCUCCGCACAAACCUCGUCUCCUGCCUCACCUGCGCACCAGAAAAAAGGCGUCUCGGAAGAUACUCGCAAGCGAUCGGCCCGCUCUCGUAGAACACGACAGGCAUCGCACGAUGACGCUGACCAAGACGACGGUGCCCCCGGCGCCAACGGCCAUGAUCCUGAAGCCGGUCUGUACGCAUCGCCUGACGAUUCCGCACCAGCACCACGCCUCCGCCUCAAGUUCCGCAAGCCCGAUCCCCCGAAUCGUCAUCCACAGCACGCUCCGCCCAAGACCAAAUACACUUCCAUCGAUGAGUGGCUGGUGCAAGACGAUCCGCUCGAAAGUGAAGAGGCACAACGAAUAACACAUGACAAGGCACAGGAGGAAGCCGAGCGUCGCCUGCGGAUUGUUGAUGCCGCCGAGCAUGGAGUCUUGAGCGAGGCAAGAUGUAGCGUCUUCGCGCCAGAACCAGCACCAGAGCCACCCCUGCAAUACGGCCAUUGGGAUCAUGUAGUUUCACAUGCGCUGACCUUCAACAAGUUACUCAAGGAGGAGAAGGUUGUGCAUCGAAGGGUGGCGAAGACGCUGGCAAGAGAGGCCUACGAGUUCUGGAAGAACAAAUUCAAACGCAAGAGUCAGGAAGAAAUCGACCAGGAGGAGGCAGAGCGGCAAAUUAUACGCUAUCGGCAGCUUGUAAAGGACGUCAAAGAUGCAUGGGGACUAGUCAAGGUGGAAAUCGACAAGGAGCGUGUGGCGAAGUGGGAAGAAGAACAACUGCAGCUCGGGCAGAGGGCCAUGGAUGACAUGUUUUUGCAGGCAAAAGAGAUUUUGGGCCGAAAUGUCAAUGACGGUGCCUCCUCGUUGGUGAGCGACGACCGCGAUUUCGAUGGCGACGAGGACGAGUUUGCAAGCGCAACUUCAGACCUUGCUCGGUCUGAGAAGGAUGAUGAUGUUAUGUCGUCGAGCUCGGAUAGCGAACAAGAAAACCAGGAAGAUGAGGACGCCAAUCUCACGGCCGAACAAUUGCGUGCCAAGUACGAACGACUCCCAGAUCUUCCUGACAGCAGUUCGGAAGUGGAGAUGGACGAGAGCAAUGACGAGCACGAUGAAGACGAGGAUGAGCAAACGCCAGCACCUACUCCGGACCCAGAACUAAAAGAUGACCGUUUCACACACACCAAUGGCGUGCACGAACACGAGGGCUCUGAUGUGGAACAAAAGCCAGGGUACAUCGAUCCCGCUACCGUUGAGCUUGAACAGGUCGAUGAAGCCUUACUUGAUUCAGAGGAUGAAGACAAGGCCUCUGGAUCUGGUAGUGAGGCAUGGUCAAGUGAUGCCGAGUCGGAAGCUGACGACAUGGACGAUGACGAAACUACCAAUUCAGUGGCCGAAUCCAAUGAUGGCAGUGAAGGCGAAGAUCUGGGAAUGAUGGGUUUUUUGGCUCCAAAAGACAUUAAGAAACUGAAAGAGGCUGCCAAGACUGCGGUGAACGACGAAGACACCAUGGAUGUAGCGCCAACUGUCGAGCAGACUAACGGUCAUGGAAGCACAACCGUGCAGGGACUCGAGAAUGAGCUGCACUCCAAUGGACAUGCUCACCCUGAUGCAGAUGAGAAUGAGUCUCGCGUAAAUGGCGAGUCGGAGCGACCCAGAACACCGCAGUCUAUUCAGAAAUCCGAAGCAUCACCCGAAGAUAAGGUCGAACAAGAGACAAGUAUCUUCCAUUCUCGACAGACCUCAACACCAGCACGGACUGAAGUGCCCUUCCUCUUGCGUGGUACUCUUCGAGAGUAUCAGCAUGACGGACUCGACUGGCUCGCCAACCUAUAUGAAUCCGAGACCAACGGCAUCCUCGCUGACGAGAUGGGUCUGGGCAAGACCAUACAGACCAUAUCGCUUCUAGCAUACCUUGCCGUACGCCGAGAAAUUUGGGGUCCGCAUCUCGUAGUGGUACCUACGAGUGUCAUGCUCAACUGGGAAAUGGAGUUCAAGAAAUUCUUGCCAGGUUUCAAAAUCUUGACAUAUUACGGCGACAUCAAUGAGCGCAAGCGAAAACGGAUGGGAUGGCGCAACAUCGGCAAGGACAUGUACAAUGUGGUCAUCACGUCCUACCAACUUAUCCUUCAAGACGCGGCAGCUUUCAAGAUGCGGCCUUGGCAGUACCUUGUCUUGGAUGAGGCUCACAACAUCAAGAAUUUCAAAUCGCAGCGUUGGCAGACGAUGCUGAACCUGCGGACACAACGACGAUUGCUACUCACAGGGACCCCGCUUCAGAACAACAUUGACGAGCUUUGGUCGUUACUGUAUUUUCUGAUGCCCGCUGGCUUUGCUGGCGAAGGUCGAAUUGCUGGUUUGGAAGAAUUCACUAUGGCUUUGAAGAACCCCACAUCGCAAAUUCUUGAUCAAGGUCGACAACAGCUUGAUGCCGAGGCACAGAAGAUUGUCAAGAAGCUCCAUGAAGUCCUCCGACCUUACCUACUACGUCGCUUGAAGUCCGAAGUCGAAAAGCAGAUGCCUGGCAAGUAUGAACACGUCGUGUACUGCAAACUUUCCAAGAGGCAACGUCAACUGUACGAUGGCUUCAUGGGACGGGCUUCGACAAAAGAGAUUCUAUCUUCGGGCAACUACAUGUCCAUUAUCAACUGUCUUAUGUCGCUACGCAAAGUGUGCAAUCACCCUGACCUCUUCGAGACGCGAGCGAUUGUCACGUCCAUGGCUAUGCCCAAGUCCGUUGCAGCUCAAUUCGAAAUCAAAGAUCUACUCAUCCGAAAACGGAUGCAAGAAGGUAUGGACGAAAAACAGGUGAAUCUGGACGCUUUGCAUCUACUAUUCGCACGGCGUGAGCAAACCUCGAAGGGACAUGCCAUCCGUACCUACCCAAUACGAGCAACGCGGCCGUUGAAGGAUUUGAUCGAGCGUCAGACACGUCGCCUCAACGAACCUUCAGCCACGAGUACAUCCUCGCUGCAAUCAGCAAUGUCGGCGAUGGCACGGCAGGAACAGGUCUCCGUCCGGGACCAUCUGCAGACAUGCUUGGAGCUGACUCGGUCGCGCACACAAUUUCUGCCAAUAUAUGGCAAAGAUUGUAUUGAAGCUGUGAAGGUGGAUUGGCACGACUAUACUUUCGGCGCUAUCGAAUCCGUAAAACCAAAGUUGGAUCUCCUGCCUCCUACUAAGUAUUCCAGGUCACAGCCAGUCAAUCGAUUUCAACCCAGCCCUCAAUUUGGUCAGGCGCAUGUAACUUACAAGAGCGCACAGCAACUCCCAGAAGAAGUGCCCCUCCUGCCAAAACGUGGCAGGCUAGGCUUCAGAUCUCCGCGCUCUGUUGCUGUCAAGGCUACCUGGCUAAAUGAGCAAAUAACCCAUUUCUACGACAUGAUACCAACCCUUGAAGAACGAGCCGAAGCUCUCGAGCCCCUCAUCUCCCGUUUCACCUGCGUCACGCCCGCCGUCGCCGCCGAAGAACUCGUCCCUCUGUCUCUCUCAAAACGUAGCGUCGACCUCAUUAGAUCCUCUCCCUUAGUUCGCCAACGCGACCCCUUCCAUUCCCCUCGCAUCCGGCAAUCCAUCGCCUUCCCCGACAAACGGUUGCUCCAGUAUGAUUGCGGCAAAUUGCAACGCCUCGCCACUCUCCUCCGGGAUCUGGAAGCUGGCGGCCACCGCGCUUUGAUCUUCACGCAGAUGACAAAAGUUCUCGACAUCCUUGAGCAGUUUCUCAAUAUCCACGGACACCGGUACUUGCGCCUCGAUGGCUCUACAAAGAUUGAACAACGCCAGAUCCUCACCGACCGCUUCAAUUCUGAUCCCAAGAUCCUCGCCUUCAUCCUCUCGUCGCGAUCUGGUGGACUAGGUAUCAAUCUUACGGGUGCUGACACAGUAAUCUUCUACGACCUAGACUGGAAUCCGGCCAUGGACAAACAAUGCCAAGACCGCGCCCAUCGCAUCGGCCAAACGCGCGACGUACACAUAUACAAGUUCGUCAGCGAGUACACCAUCGAAGCCAACAUAUUGCGCAAGAGCAAUCAAAAGCGUCUGCUCGACGAUGUGAUUAUCCAAAAGGGAGACUUCACCACCGACACCUUCAACCGCGUGACCUGGCGCGACGCCCUUGACACCCAAACCCCCAUCGACACGACCGACGAAGCCGGCGCGGCCAUGGAACGCGUCCUCGGUGAAAAAGCCGGCCUCCUCGGCGACAGCCGCGUCAUGGGCGCCGUCGAAGACACGGAAGACCUCACGGCCGCUUCACUUGCGCAAAAGGAAAUAGUGGACGAGAUCCAAGAGGACCAGGUGGAUUUCAACGAGAGCUUGCAGGCUACACGUGCGACGAGUGUUGCGGGCGGUGCUGCUGGUGGCACAAGGGAGAAUGCGGACAUGCGCCGCGAGGGCGAAGAGAUUGUGAGACGCCAUGUAGACGAGUAUAUGCUGGCUCUGUACAGGGAGGAGUUUGGCAAGGAGGCUUGGCGCCCGCCAACGGAUCGCCAGCGGAGAAAUCGCAAGGGCCAGGAUCCACAUGUUAGGCAUAGGAAGAGGAAGUAUUGA